AUGGUCGUCGAGAUUGACUUGGAUGAGCCUUUGGUGACGGAAGUUGAAAUGAGGGGCAGAAUACAAAGGGUGGAAUACGAAAACGUUCUACCAUUGUGUGCCUCCUGUAACAGAGUGGGCCAUCAGGUAGGAGCAUGCCCAUACGUCUCGCCAAAGCAACCUGAUGUUGCCCGGCCAUCAGAGAGUUCAACUCAGCCAGAUCGGCGGCAAAAGAGCUCCACAGAUGCUGGUGGCCUUAGCCAAACCACCAAGUCAACAGAUGAGUGGACCACUAUGUCAGCAAGAGAGAAGACGAAGGCCCACUCGAGAUUUGAUGUGCUAUUAGAAAUACCUGGGGAAGAGGACGAAUCUUCAUCAACCCCAACUGUAACUGAGGAAAACCCAACAGACAAAUACAAAGGUAAAGGUGUUACAAUGGUGCCGUCAAGGUCGGUAUUGGGACCUAGAAAGUCAAGCUCACGGGACAAAUCAGCGAAGAAUCAUGAAUAG